UCGCUAACCUAAGAGCUCACUGCACACUGACCACCCUCACAGGAUGGGAUGCAUCAACACCGAAACUGCACACAACAGAGCCACAAUUCUUGCCAAAUCAGGGAUGAACAAAAUCCAACAUGAUGAUGUUGAAAUGAGGAUAAACCCACCUCUAGAGCUGACGGGCAUGAAACUGUGUACCGGCACACAACGCCUCUUCUACAAAAAUAUAAGGAAGUCUCAGAUAGCUCCAAAACGAAGGAGACUAACCACGGUGAUGACACUUAAUAUGCAGCGUGCGACAUAAGCGGUGAAACACCCAGUCUGGUUAUCGAUCAGAAUUCCCACAAUCAUUCGAGGAUUUCUGUGGAAAAAUCUGCAUGUGCCGUAGAAAAUGGGUGAAUUCUGGGACAAAAUCCCCAACUGCGAAAACAGAGGAAAAAGUGGCUUAUAUGACUUACCUGAGUCUAUGGAACAUAUCCUGAUCGAUUGUGAUAGAUCGUCUGCGUCUUGUAUCAUCUGGAGAGCGGCCAGUGACCUAUGGUGCAUGCGAGAGUCGAACUGGCCAGAAAUCCGCUUCGAAACGAUCCUGGGGUGUAACUUAGCAGUUCUCCGCAACACGAAAGGUAAAAAGAAACCGGGGGCAAAGAUGCGAACGGCCAUCAAUGCAUCAAGUAUGGAGGAGAUGAAGAAAAUAUCACUCUGAAGCCGAGAUCCUACACAGACGGAUCCAUGCCAUCAACAUGAGAUUGAAACUCGACCGGCUGCUCACCGACUCAAUAAGAAAGCUACUAAAAUAGACAUAGUCCUACAGACUUGGAGCGGCUUCCUACAACCUUCCGGAUAACUGGAUCCGACAAGCAGGGGUAUGACACCUCGCCGUCCCUCGGGACGGAAUAGGUAGUUCCGAACAAGGUGUAAUUAUGAUUGACCAUGUCAGUUGCUAGUUGAUAAUAUCAUU